AUGCAAUUUAACCUCCUCAUCAACGUUUCUUCAGACGCCGAAAUAAAGCGAGUUGACUGGAGCGGCAAAACCACAAUGAGAACUAAAGUGGUUUUCCUCUUUGUGGCAAUUAAAAUCACAAAGUGGCAACCUUAUGCGAAUGGUAUCGAAGUUCCAUCCAUUCUACCCAUGCAAGCAGAUUCAUCUCCCACUCCAGAAGUCAAACCCAACCCCUUUCAUUCCCACCAUGGUUUGCAGAAAAGAAAUUCACUUCCAACGCGAGUAAAUGUUGGUUUUGGAAGAUUUGUCAGCACUCUAGAGCGCGGCGAGAUGGAGAGUGAACAUUUUGCCCUUUCCAAAUACUCUUCCAGCCACUGCCAUAUGCUCCAGACGUACUGGAUUGUUCUACUUUACCCAGCUUUUCUUAUGCUUAAUUUAGCCAAAUGGGAGGAAUGGGAGGAGGAGGAGGAAGAAGAAGAAGAAGAGACGAAAGAAGAUGCCGUCUUUCACAAGACUGCGUCGCGACCGUAG